AUGCACACCAUUGUACGCUUCUAUCAUAUUCUCCUCUCACUUUUUGCUUCUCAUUUGUAUUUUCCGGCUUUGCCAUCAUCGCCGCUGCGAGCGAGCGUGGGUGUGUGCGUGUCUGUGAAACCAGAGUGGCUGCAGCCGCCGUUGCAGUUGGCCACUGCUCUUUGCCUACUCCCUUUUCCAUCCCGUGUUCACCGUCUCGCAAAAACUCGCCAGUCCACAGUCGGUGUCAGGGAAGGAUCUUCGCAACAGCGCGAACGUAGAAGGCGAAGCGAAGGACAAGAGGACGCAGAGAUCUCUCGCCGAACAACAAAAAAUAAGAACGUAGAAGUUGUCUUGUGA